AUGCCCAGGCGUCUCCCCAACCCCGGGGCCCAGCAGAUGGCGUUCACGGGGCUCCCCGGCGACGGCGCUCGCGGAAGGGGAGGCCCGAGGCUGCCCAGCCUGCCCCUGCCGCAGCUCCGCGAGGUCUCGGGCGCGGGGGGCCCCGACAGCUGGAGGGCCUCGGGGGUAGGCGGCGGCGGCGGCGGCGGCGGGUGGUGGCCGAGCGGGUCCUCGUACCCAGAGAUGGGCGUGGGCGUCAGGAGCCCCUCGCCGCGCCUGCCAGCCCUGCCCACCGUGGCCCAGCGGGCGGCGCAGAACCGGACAACGCUGAGGUCACUCCUGCUGCCGCCCCUGCUCCUGGCCAGGGCGCCCCGGGAACCCGCGCCCCCGCGCGCCAGGCCGGGGGAGAGCGAGGAUCCCUGGCGGGGCGCGGCCCGGGAGGCCCGGGAUUCGCUGCGCGGUCUCCUAGGGGAGCUCCUCCCCGGCAGGUUCGGCGAGUUCCUGCACCAGCGGCGGGCAGAGCGCGCAGGGCCGCCGCCGGCAUCCUCAGCAUCACGACCCAAAAGGAGUGUGUCAGAGCACUGCCACAAUUCUCCCCAGUGUCCCCACUGUUCUUUCCUUCCAGACCUGAGGGGCCAGUCAUCGUACUUCCAGGAUAGUCUUAAGAAGAUUUUGCUCCAUCAGAUACCUGUCCCAGGGACCCUGAGGAAAGAUCAUUCACAAUUCACCCUCAAGAAAGGCAACCACAGGUCCCACAAUAUACAGGCUCCUAAGCUCAAGACUGUGCUCACCCACAGCUCCUCAGGGGAAGGCUCAGGGCGGUGCAGGCGGUUUUGCCCCUUCCGAGUGCGAUUUGCUGAUGAAACCCUGCAGGACACAGCACUCCGCUACUGGGAGCGCAACUGUGCAGUCCGGCAGAGCAACAUCGAGAAUGGGAUAGCCACCCGAUCAUCGACAUCAGAACGGGUGUCCGGGAGUGUCGGGAGAUGGCUGGAGAGUUUGCCCAAAGCCCUAAGCCCCAGGGCCCAGGAGGAGGCCAUGGCCAGCAUCUCGUUGUUCUGCUGGGAGUGCCCCGGCCUGCCCACCCAGGAGCCACAGAGUCACCUAUCUGAGGAUGCCUUCAUGAACAGCCUGCCCUUCAUCCCCAGCGCCAGCACACAGAGCCAGCAAGGUGACCUCAAAACCUUGCUGGACACCGACCACAUUCUGGAGCCAGUGGGCAAAUCGCCCUGCUCCUGGAGCCAGAAGCUGGAAUCCUUCCUGCCCAGCUUGGUGCUGCACACAGUCCUGAAGCAAGGCCGCCCUAAGGGCUACCGGCUGCUCCUGCCCUCCACGAAGUCACAGCAGGCUCCUGGGGCCGCGGUGGGCCCUCGCCCGGCUGCCCGCUGCAGGGCCGCGCCGCGCCCACGCGGGGGCAGUGUUGGCCUGGCUUUGGCGCCGCCCGGCGCGGCCGAAACUUCGCAGCCUCCGGCUCCGGGUCGGAAACUUUUCCCCUCGCGCCGCGCUCGCGUCUCCCGCCCGCGCCCCCCUCCCGCCGCGGGCCCGCGCCGCGCCGCCUUCCACCUGCCCCGGGUUCGCCGCUGGCCUGGUCCCCCCUUCUCUCACUGCUUUUUGUUGCUAUUGAGCCAAAAAGUGCUAGGCUUGCAGCGGCGCUGCGGGCGACGAGGCUGCAAGUCGAGGCCCGCGUAG